GGUAAAUAUAAGUAAAUUUAUUGCGCAAUUCAGAGCGGUAAUAGUAGAGAAGGUUUAUUGUAGAGAACAGGGAAGCUACGGGGCUUGAAGCAAUCAAUCGUUAGACGUGUGGAACUGUUAACGCCAGCAGUUGUUGGAAGUCUAUAUCUUUCAGUCCGUAGCCUCGUGUAGCUGCCCAUCUGCCCUGGCUUCCGCGUGGAUCGUUUGACUGAUACGACAUUUAAAAGCUGAGAAACGUAAUUUACGUACUGUAUUCAUUCAUUCAUUUUGACAAUCGUCAUCAUAGUUUAUGGUCAGUUAGUCAAGAGAAUAGCAAAAUUCGUUGUCCUGCUUCGAGAAUGACUAAGCAUUGAGGGCCGUGACCUGGUAUUUCACCGUGCAACAUAACGUAGCAGUGAUAAACCUGAAGCUUUAGAACACGGUCGGGUGGUGACAAACUUCGGGAUCGACGCCUUCGGCUCAAUUCGUUCUAAUCGAUUGAUCCUGGUCAGCUGUCCACCUACGUGGAGACUGCCUAGGUUAUCUGGGGAAUUGUGUUAUGUUAAAAACGAUUUCAACCGCAGGUUGAAGUGAUGCUUUUUGCUUUGAUUUACCUUUAUCCUGUUUAUUGGUUCGAUAUUUCACUGGAGAUAUUUUUCAUGUGUUGGACAAUUGAAAAUACAUGCGUUGCAUAGUGAUGAUUUUUUUUGUUAAACAUAAAUAGUUCGACAGAAUUCAGUAGACGACUGCGUUUGAACGAGCAUUUCGAAAUACCUAUCUCUCAUAACAUCUACGGCAUGAACCUGUACAGUCAAUUGUCAGACGCGUUUAUAUAAUAUUAGGCUUUUAGCUAAUUGCACGCGGCGAACACACGGAAAAUAUACGAUAAUAUGUAACAUUAACGCAUCUUUUGCGAAACGUAUCACGGUUUUUUUCCUUGACUGAUUUUCGCGUAGGAUCACUAGCAGACUAACGGCGACUGGAACAAUCUGCUAAUCCUGGCGCCGUCGUUCAAUUGGUACAACAUUUCCGUAGUCUGUUUCGUCAAAGACGAGAUGCAUUCAAUCUAUAACACAUUACGCCGUACAUAGGCAUCUACAGGCAGAACGGAGUAGCGAAAUCCAAUAUAUAUAAUGCCCGUCUGAGGAAGAACACAGAUUUCCAAAUGAUGAUUUCGUAUAUUACCGUAUCAAUAGUAAAACGAUCAGUCUGGCUACUGCCCCAUAUUUUAGACAAUUUUACUUUUCUUACGUUGCCACAUAGUUUUAGCUCAGAACUGCAGGUACUUGUUUGUCCUAGAAAAGUUGUUUCAUCAUGUGCAAUUUGGUUAGUACCUCGUUAUUUCCCUGUAGCAGCACAGGCAUAUAGGUUUGUGUCGGACUUGCGCUGGUCUUGUUUGUGUCUGUUCCGCUAGCGACAAAAUUUGCUCGUCGCAAACACCACAACAUUCUCAAGACCUGAUUGAAACGAACACAAUAAACCGUCGAAUGAGGAUCCAAGUUACAUGGGGCCAAUCUUUUGACGAAAAGUCCAUUUAUAUCCAGUCACAAUUGCCCGCUCAGUUGUCUCGACCAGUUGCCUAACUUUCUCCAAUAUCGCGGCGGCUGUUGCUGAAAAAAUAUCGGAGUUUCUCCUGUUACACACCUCUUCCUAUAUUUACCGAAUUACUGCAUGUGCCGAUGAGUAGCGAAACAACUGUCCGGCAGCUAGCCUUGAUCCGUAUGCCUGAGCAAUGGUUCACUAAGUAAUCAGUAAGAGUUUUCGACGUGUCGGCCUGUAAAGCAGAGAUUCGCUUCAGGUGAAGGGACUAUCAGUGAUCGAGGCAAUGCUUGGGUGAGCCCAUCACGGGCUACUUGCGAAGGGCGUACACGUUUACCGUGGUCAUAUAUUGGGAGUGCGGUAUGCAAGUCCAAUGCAACAGAUUAGCAGGGUCUUUCUUCAAGCGUAUUGUGAUGACACAGCGAAACGGUGAAACUAAUUGGUGUCGGCUGGGUUUAACCUACUGAUUGUGCUCUAGCGGUGGUGAUAAUUGACGGAACCUUAAAUGGCUGAAUUGCUGAAAUCCAUCGCUUCACCUAAUUCAAGCGGUAUAUAACCAUAGGACGGCUCAUUUCCUCCAGAAGAUAUACGAAGAAGGAACUACCACGGAGAUCGGGAUCUUUCGACUAAACAGUAGCGGAAGGGUCCAAGUUAGAUUUUGCGUUCAAAUGUUCGAAAUACCGUUGGUUCCUAAAUUAUGAUUUUGUCAUCGGUGCACCACAAACAUCAUCGACACCCUGCUUUGAUCGAGACGGCAUUAUGGGGGUGUUUCCAUGUUUCAACAAAUCAAGCCACAGCGGCUUUGUGCUGCUCGCAGGUGACCAGCGCCUACUCCGACUACGCGCGGAUAUGUCAUCAACUCAAGCAAAAGACAUCACACUUCCACAAGGCGAAAUAUCUUCGAUCGCUGCAAUGAGCGCUCGGAAGCUCGUCGUUGUCUGCGGCUAUGAUAUUUACCUCUGCACAAAAGGCAAACCUCAGAAGAUUUAUGAAGGCGGAACAAUGAAACCACUCAUCGGAUGCUUUGGGAAGACGCUGUAUGCGGCUAUUAACGGUCGUCGCGAGCUCCACUGUUUCGACAAAAAGCGGAAAACGUUUGUCCCGCUGUGCAGCGACUUCGAUUCGUCAAGCGAGAAGGUGUUUAGUAUUGGCAACUCGGAUUCUGAUAAACACGAUGUACUUAUUGUCGUAUACCGCCCAACCGAGGCAGUUUCCAGGGUUCUGGAGAUUGACCGACGGACUGGCGAACGCAGGGAUCUAAACUGCCCAAGCGAUGUGAUGGCCCUAUAUCGUGCAGGCGAUCGAAUAUUUGCCACUGGCAGCGUGUCUUCGAGAAGUACCAAACAGUUUUUUGAGUAUAACUACAAAGAGGCAAGGUGGCUAGAACGACCAGAACGUACCUACGGGCUCGCGAACCAGACGACCGAUAAAGUACUUUACGUUCCAGGCUAUUUCGUUAGCUUUACAGAAAAAGCAGCUUCUUCUGUGAAUACGCUCAUCGAAAUCUACGACGUUAAUAGUGAAAAAUGGUCCUCACAAGAGUCUGAAUUCGCGAAAAUUCGGGCAGUUGCUUGUUGCUGAGCAACAACCAAAUAUGCUAUUAAUUAUACUAUUAUUACUAACAGCAUUGCUGUAAAGUCAGAUAACUUUAAAUAAACUCCAUAUGUCAUGCGAAUCCAAAAAUUUAGGACAAAUCAUGCCGGAUAUUUCGAACAUGGAACGGGAAGAUUUCCGUUGCACAGCGGGUGGAAUGUCUACCUACCGAAGAUACAGAAGUUGAAUCUACAAACGAAAAAAAAAAACAGCAUUGCCUAACUUUAAGCUCCUGAAUACACCUGACACAAGAUGACACUAAGGAACUCCAUUUUAAUCUGAGAAGUCAAUUUCUUGCACGCGAGCAGGGCUUCGUGUCUUUCCGUUGACGGAUAAACAAAAUAGAUCUUGUAUCAAAGCCUCAACUUAUUCAGUAUUCCUAUAAAUACACAGCAUGCGAAAAUAGGCAGUCUGUGAAACUUCACACCUCAUUUAUGGAAAAACAAGGCAUACGGUUACGUAUUAAUUUAAUAAAAGCAGCUCUACCUGAUUAUGCCUGUGUGAGAUAUCGUAGUAUAGUCGUGUUUUUAAGGCAUCACUUAUUUUUUGACAGUUAUUACUCAGUAAUAGCAAUUGUAUAAUGUUAAAAACACAGAUUAAAGAAGCAACUCUGAAAUCUGUUGAUACAUGGAUCACCAAUUCUGCUAUUUGGGACGUGGUGUGCAGCGAGAAGUAAUACGAAACACUAGUAAUUUUUAUAGCCACCAAAAUGCAAAUUACAUUUCUAAGGUAAUGUUUGCUAAGCUUGUAAGUCAAAUCUAAAAAUGUUUUACCUCUGAAAAUAUUGUGACCGAAUUAAUAGAGUUCAUAAUAUUAUUCAUAUUCCUAUAAAGGCUGCAUUUGCUGCUACUUUCCGUCUGACUUAUUCUAAAUUUGUGCGUAGCAAAACACCAAAGGGAACGAUGCAUUAAAAGCAACAGCUAAGCAACUGUUCUAUGAUGCGAUCAUGCGUAAACAAUGUGAUAAUGGAUCACCCUAUUUACGAAUAGCUUUUGUAGGAUAAACGAACUUUAUUCGAAACACUAAUGUAUUCAAGUCAGUUAAUAAAGCUUUACACUUAAUAAACCAAGCAGGAUCAAUAUGUUGAUUUUAAGCAGUUAUUUCUACUAUGAUAGAUACGUUUCUUCAGGUAUUUUACGUAUUCUUUAUUUAUAUAACUAAUACAUGUGAAUUUGCUCGUCGAAGGGUAUAAAUAAAUGGUCUCUCCACCAAGAACUACUUUGAUUCUUGGUUAAAGCCAUAACAGGUUAAAACGUACUAUAAUAGAGAAAAUAUAUACAACAGACAGGUUUUAACCGAGAAUAAGUGUAUUGUCCUAUUUCAUUAAAAAUGAAAAGAAAUAAAAAUGUACUAGUUUUGUCAUAAAGUCAUUAGGUGUUAUAUACGCAUUUAUAUUUUGAGAUCUUAUUCUGAUAUCGGACCAGACUACAUUAUAGGUACAACACAUACUAUUCACAUAUAUAUAUUCGUCGUCACUACUGUAGAUUACGUGCGAGCCAUCUAGCGGUGACUAGCUUGGCUGUUGCCGGCGUUUGUUCACUUCAUGAAACAACGUGAAUACAUGACAUAUGCGGGCCACCGAGGGCGUUUCCGAUUUUCCCGAGACAGAGUUUCAUUUUUAUAAGUCGAACGUGUUUAUACAAUGUCUUGUUGGGUACAAAGAUAUCAAACACCAACAUCCUCAUAAGAUUCUGUGCUCACACAGUCUGUGUAGUUACAAAGUGCUUACGUAUCUUAUUAUAUAAUCGAUAUAACAGAUCACACAGUUUCACAGCUCCUUAUUUUUCGAAGACACACUUUGAUAAAGCGGCUAUAAAAUUUAUUGACUUCGGUAUAGUAUUAAUAUAAGGAUAAAAUAUUUUAUUAUUAUUAUGUCAUAAGUUUCCUCUCACUCCGCUUAUUAAUAUCCGAAUAUACAUAAACCUCUAUUAGUUUACGUACGAAGCACUACGAGAUCUUUGAUUACAACUUACAUCUAGGUACCGUAUCAUACUUGUACGAAGAAACCUUAUACCAUGUUUUGUCUAGCCAAUAGAUUUUAAGUGGUUCCUCUUACGUAUUUCAGCCUUCUGCUCUCUGAGACAUUAAAAAAACUCAAGUUGCAGUCCACUGGAUUCAUUGAAUGAAUUUUCACACAACGUUCAAUCCCAUUGUGUUGCUGAACCUGAUAAAAAAUACUGUUAAGCCUAAGGCCUACAUCCAGAUCGUGGUAUGCUGGAGUAUAUUUACAAUGAACCGCUUUUAUUUUACUCUAAUUGCUUACUUAAAUCUCCAUCUCUUCAUGUGACAACAGAUUUUACCGACGAAGUAACUACUGUCAGUCGUUAAAUUGGAUCACAUAAUAACCGCUUCUAUAAUACGAUUUUCCCUGGUACAGUUUGAGAUGGCUUAGAAAUUUACAAAUAAAUAAAACUAUCUUACUUUUUUUUGUUAAAUAUAUGCUUUUUACAAUAAACAAAUGGCAAUCUCUGGUUGUUGGUCAUGCAACUGGCAUGUCAGCAAAGCAUUUGAUUUACUUAUAAAUAGUUUACCUUUGACUUGGCUUUGAAUUUUGAUAUUUAUGCUAUGACGCUUAACGUAUUCUGCUUGCCGCCGAUUAAAGCAAAGUUUACUAACUGUUUUAUAUUGUAUUGCACAUGGCCAGUUGUUGUGAUCGACUCGGCGUCCUUUGUUGAGUCACUUUCUAUACGAUGAUUUGUUUGCUAUUACUAAAUGUCACAAAAGCGCUUUCAUACCACACAAAAGAAAAUUGUUUAACUUCAUGGCUAACCUUCAUUCUUCGAACCCGCAUGACUUACUAAACAAUACUU